AUGGAGGACACCUCGACACCACCGCCUCGACAGCAGCAGAACUUCCGCUCCACCGCUUCAACUAACUGGCGCGUGAGAGACGAGACACCGCGGGUGGAACAACAGCAUUCUCGGGGGCGGCCUAAUCGUUCUCAGAAUGGGCACCACAAUGCCAGUUCUGUAUCAUACUCGAACAAUAGCAAUAGCUAUACCGCCGCCCAAGGGACUGAAGAAGCGCCCGGAAUGAGACUUUACAUCGGCAAUCUACUCUACACAGCUCAACGCUCUGACAUAGAGGAGCUGUUCACCAAGAAUGGAUUUAAUGUCGUCGGCAUAAGUAUGUCCACGGAUCCCUUCACAGGGCGGAACCCGAGUUACUGCUUCGUAGACGUGGAAAGCCCAGAAGAAGCCCAGAGAGCAAUGAGUGAAUUGAACGGCAUGGAUGUUCUCGGAAGGCCUGUUAGAGUUAGCCCCGGCGUGGCUAAGAGACAGGGUCAAGGUCAAAGCAAUGCCGGUGGUGGCGGGGGUGGGAGAGAGGUUAGAGUGAAAGACUUUGAGCGAGGCUGGGGACGGUCACGCGAAUCGAGGGAGCAGAAAGAUACUGAAUACAACCCAACCUUCGACCGCUGGAACCGUACCGACGCCACUUCUCACUGGACAGCACCCCAGUCCGAAGGGCGACGGCUCUACAUCGGCAAUAUGCCCAGGAUCGAACCACAAUCAGCACAUGAUGAAGAAGUGCGAGGUCUCUUCGCCCAGUACGUACCAGAUAUUGCGCCAACCGCGGUGUCAAAGCAGAUAUCGCCACGUCCUCCCAAGCCCGAACAGCCAGGCAAUCAGUAUUACUGUUUUGUCGAUCUCGAAAGGGCGGAGGAUGUCGAUCUAGUGAUUGCAGCGCUGGACGGCAAAGAGGGAAGUUGGGGCGGUAAUGUAAGAGUCAAUCGAGCCAGGGGUUCUGACAGAAAAGUCAUUAAAGAACAGGGCUUGGGCAGCGGCGAGCGCCGUAAUUUCGGAGAAGGAAGUUGGAGGAAGGAUGAGAUGCAUGCAUGA